AGGAUGGAGGCGCCUGCGCAGGGAGGCUCCAGCUUCAAGGCAAGAGCUGUGGCCCAGGCAUCCGGUGGCUCCCCGAAGUCCCAUGAGGCCCAGCUGGCUCUGCCACCUCAGCCCAAGGACGAGGAGGGACAAGGGGAGAGGCUCGUGGAGCUGCAUGCCUCCUUCCGGGAGCUGUUCACCUUCUUCUGCACCAACGCCACCAUCCACGGGGCCAUCCGCCUCGUCUGUUCCAGCCGGAACCGCCUCAAGACGGCAUCCUGGGGUUUGCUGUUCCUGGGCGCCCUGGGCGCCCUCUACUGGCAGUUUGGGGUCCUCUUUGAGCAGUACUGGCGCUACCCGGUCAUCAUGACAGUGUCCGUGCACUCGGAGCGAAAGCUCUUCCCGUCAGUCACUCUGUGCAACAUGAACCCACACAGGCCGAGCUCAGUCCGCCACCAUCUGCAGGCACUGGAUCAGUUUGCCCAGGAGAACAUCCGCUCUCUCUACAAAUUCAACUUCAGCCCGGACAGGGACGCCCCCUUUGCGGACGACCCGGGCCCACAGCCUGCCUUCUGCCUGGACCGCAGCGUCCGCCUGCAGAGGCUGAGCCGCCCAGGUGGCCAGAGCAGAGUGGGUUUCAGACUGUGUAACAGCACAGGCGGAGACUGCUUCUACCGGGCCUUCUCGUCAGGUGUGGCGGCCACCCGAGAAUGGUACCGUUUCCACUACGGGAGCGUCCUGGGCCUGCUGCCCGCCACCCAUGAGGACAGCCAUCGGAGCCACGGCGGCCACUUUGUCUUCUCUUGCCAAUUUGACGGCCAGGACUGCCAGGCCCGGCACUUCCAGACCUUCCACCACCCCACCUACGGCAGCUGCUACACCUUCAAUGGCGUCUGGGCUACACAGCGCCCGGGCAUCCCCCACGGAAUCAGCCUGGUCCUCAGGACUGAGCAGCAGGACCACCUCCCGCUGCUGUCCUCAGAGGCUGGCAUCAAGGUCAUGAUUCAUGAGCGUGACCACACACCUUUCCUGGAGCACCAGGGUUUCAGCAUCCGGCCAGGGACCGAGACUACCAUUGGCAUCCGAGAGGACGAGGUUCACCGGCUGGGGAGCCCCUAUAGUCACUGCACCCACAGCGUGGACGGUGCGGGUGUGCAGCUGCUGUACAAUGCCUCCUACACCCUGCAGGUGGCCUGGCGCCAUGGCGUGGGAGGCCACUGCUUCUACCGCCUCUACAGGGACCUGGGGACCCACCGGCUUCCCUGUGCCUCACGCUGCCCCAGGCCCUGCAGGGAGUCUUCGUACAAGCUCUCUGCUGGGACCUCACGGUGGCCUUCCUCCAAGUCAGCUGACUGGAUCCUGGCUGUGCUGGGCAAGCGGGGCCAAGGGAGCUCUAGCCAGAGCCUCAGGAGCAACAUGGCCAAGGUGAACAUCUUCUACCAGGAGCUCAACUACCGUACAGUGGACGAGACACCCAUUUACUCGGUGCCGCAGCUGCUGUCCGCCAUGGGCAGCCUCUGGAGCCUGUGGUUUGGCUCCUCUGUCCUCUCUGUCCUGGAGCUGCUGGAGCUGCUGCUCGACGCCGUAGCCCUCACCCUGCUGUUGGGCUGGCGCCGGCUCCGCAGGGCUCAGGGGGGCCGCUCAGGGGCAGCCCCACUGGCGUCCCAUGCCAAGCCGGAGGCCCACCAGCUGCCCACUGACUGCGGGAAUGACAUUCAUCCUCUGGGGGUCCCUGCUGGCCCCAUCUCCCCCGACGCUUCCUGGAGCUCUGGCUGAAGCAUUAGGCCAAGUGAGAGCCCCAGCCUCCUGACACCUGGACCAGCUAGACCUUAUUCUGACCCUGAGGGAUACGGCAGCAGUGGCCUCUCCUGGUGGCCCAGACCAGCCCCACAGAGCCCCCCUCCCCGACCCAGCCAGCCAAGCCAAACCCAGAGCCCAGGAAGCAGGAACAUGGAGCCUGCAGGCACGUACCGGAGCGCUGGAUCUGGUGGGCCUCUCAUCAAGCCAGCGCCCUGCCCAGGGGUGGCCUCACUCCAGGAGGCCCAGGGCAGGGGGGAAGGGCGUGUCCCCACCACCCUGGAUUCCCACGUCUGGUCGGCAUACCUGUGAGUGUGUGCAUGCAAGGGGGUGGGGGCAGCUCCACAUUGGAAUGUGUCUGUGUUUCGUGUGUCGUGUAAACAAACGUGUGUUUCUGAGUGUGCCAUCAUAUCUGUCUACGCCCACGUGUAGGUACGUGCAGGCAUCAAGCAGAACCUUCCUCAACUCAGGACUGGUAGAAGGAAGAGUAGGGCCAGGCUGAGGUAACUUUGGUGACCUUGGGCUGCUUUGUAAUAAAACUUGUGAU